ACCGUCACCCAGCGCUGGCUUCAGGGCUGCUCAGCAGGCUCAGUCUGGGGCUCUCCAGGGGACAACCCCCAACUUUUGGCCCGGAGCAGGGAGAGGAAGGCCCCAGGGGAGAGAGAAAAUCCACCUUGGGGAAAAGUAAGCAAGGGAGACGUCCAGCUUGAGUGCCUGGCAGGGAAACGGCACUUGUGGCCAGAGGAGAGGGGAGCCUGAACUUUUCUCUGCCAGAAAAGAGGGCUCCAUACUCGGGGAAAAAGAAAGGUUGAGCCAGAGGAGAGCAUCCGCUCGAUCGAGGCUCAGGGGUGAAAAACUCCCUGCCCUCGUCCUCCCUGCCUGCAGAAAACACCUCGCUCCCUUCCCUCCGGAGGAGCCCCCCCAGCACCAUGAACGUUUUCCGCAUCCUGGGGGAUGUCUCCCACUUGCUGGCCAUCAUCAUCCUCCUGCUGAAGAUCCAGAAGUCCAAGUCCUGUGCUGGUAUCUCUGGGAAGAGUCAGAUUCUUUUCGCCCUCGUCUUCACAACCCGCUAUCUGGACCUGUUCACCACCUUCAUCUCUGUCUAUAACACCGUGAUGAAGGUCAUUUUUUUGAUAUGUGCCUAUGUCACCGUGUACAUGAUCUACGUGAAAUUCCGGAAAACAUUUGACAGCGAGAACGACUCCUUUCGCCUUGAGUUCCUGCUGGUCCCUGUCACAGGACUGUCAUUCCUGGAGAACCACAGCUUCACUGCCUUGGAGAUACUCUGGACCUUCUCUAUCUACCUGGAGUCCGUGGCUAUCCUUCCUCAGCUCUUCAUGAUCAGCAAGACGGGGGAGGCAGAGACCAUCACGACACACUACCUUUUCUUCCUGGGCCUCUACCGCGCUCUCUACAUUGCCAACUGGGUCUGGCGCUACUACACGGAGAAUUUCUAUGACCAGAUCGCUGUAGUUUCCGGGGUGGUACAAACCAUCUUCUACUGUGACUUCUUCUAUCUCUAUGUUACAAAAGUCCUAAAAGGAAAGAAGCUAAGUCUUCCCAUGCCCGUUUGAAGACCUUCCCACAGACAAGGCAAGAAAUCCCAAAGAUGAAGCUCUUAAGAUCACAGCUUCCCUUUCCUGGCCCUUUUUGACCAACGGAUGGCUCAGCCGAGUUUCACUCCAGUGCCAAGAAGACAGUGAGGCCUGGAAAGCUGGUGCGCUUGGCAUCUGUAUGAGACUUUCCCUGGUUUUUUUUUUAAUUUUUUUAUUUCUUUACUUGAAUUUGGUGCUAGGUAGUGCUGGCCAAUACCAAAGUAGUGCAAAUUACUCGCUCCCGGCUCUUCCCAGCACCUCCAAAAUGCACCUCCACCUUGACUGUGAGGCAGCACAAGGAGUGCAAGGGAAACUUACUAUCUUUAGUCCUUCCGCCCUUUAACGAGCACCUAUGGAAAAGGGAACGUGGUACCAUAAAGUUCGAUAUCAUAUGCAAAGGCCACCGACCCACGUCACACGUGGUCACUUCUGACAGAGCAGAUGCUACAAGCUAUUAUUUUAACUCUGUAUGAACUAAUAUCCUCCUGAAAGUUACCUCUGCCUGACCCCCUCAUUCGACUCAAGUCCAGUAACAUUCAGGAAAAAUACAUUCCCUUCAAAUGACAUCAAUCUUCCAAUUCCACAGGUAUCCAAACACUUUCGGUUCCUCAUACUCUACAAACAGGGAUCAUUUCAAUUAAAAUUCAGUGGGUUGCCAACAGGUGUUUCCAACUCCUUGAAUUUGACUUUUUUUUUUUUUAAGAACUGGGAAGAACGGGGGCAAAGAUGGUUUUACACUCCACAAAUAAAGACAAAGUUCACAAUU